UCAUGAAUAUUACUAACACGGCCGUCAGUUUAGUAGGAUUUGUAAACACUUCAGUCAGGACGAGGCGCAUCGCCUCAAACACAACCUGCCGCGCGCGGAAGACAAGUCUGUUGAACUUUAUCAGCACACCGGCUGUUCAGGUAUGAAGACCCCCUUGAGCCCCACCCAGCUGGUAGAAAACGGACAGUUGUGCUUCCUAUCUGGCUGCUUGGAGGUAAAGGAACCUGGUUAUGCCAGCAGCACAGACAUGCAGCUGCAACAAGAGAAGAAGAAACUACUCUACUCUCUCUGCGAAGUGUGCAACAUCCAGAUACACUCGGCUGCGCAGGCCCAGGUCCACUUUAACGGCAAGUCUCACCUUAAGAGGGUCAAACAGUUGAAUAAUGGAGAGGUGCCCACGGCGAGUGUCAGCGUCGCUCCCCCUCCUCUUCUCCCUCUUACCAGCAACAGCAGUCAAGGUAGUUCCUGUCACACCAAUACCCUCCCCACAUUGCUCCGGACUUCUUCUCUAAUGAUGCAGUCCUCUCUGGAUGUGAAGUCUUUCAUGACCCUCCCCAUGGAGAGCUCCUCUCCGGUCGGCCUGUUCCCCAAUUUCAAUACUAUGGACCCCGUCCAGAAAGCCGUAAUCAACCACACAUUUGGAGUCUCCGUUCCUCCCAAGAAAAAGCAAGUAAUUUCGUGCAACAUCUGUCAGCUCCGCUUUAAUUCGGAUAGCCAAGCCGAGGCGCACUACAAAGGCAGUAAACACGCCAAGAAGCUCAAAGCGCAGGAGUCCACGAAAAAUAAGCAGAAAAGUGCUGCCGCCCAGGACUGCGGCGCUAAGACAGUCUCCACCUCCUGCAGUUCUGUCACUGCCAGCUGUCCUGACCAACCAGAAAAGAAUUUAGAGCCACCGGCUGCACACAAAGUGCCCGUCUCUUCUCAAGCCUUCACACCAACUCCUACUGCGGCCGCGGUGGCGUUAGUGCCCAGGCUGUGCAAGAUGGCACCCGCGCACGCCAGUCCACCCAGUGAGCCAUCAGGGCAGGCGAUAGCCGUAAAGAACACCCCUAAACCAGCAGCGGUGCCAGCGGUCCAAUCAGAGCCCAGCGUUGAGUCUGAGGAAGAAAAGGCCAAGAAGCUGCUGUACUGUUCGCUGUGUAAAGUAGCUGUCAACUCUCUCUCACAGCUGGAAGCACACAACACAGGUUCAAAGCACAAAACUAUGUUGGAGGCACGGAAUGGAGCUGGUCCCAUUAAGGCGUACCCCAGACCCGGGUCCAAACUGAAAGUUCAAAGCACACAACUUAAUAAAGGCUCAGGCUUACAGAACAAAACGUUUCAUUGUGAAAUCUGUGACGUCCACGUAAAUUCAGAAAUCCAGCUUAAACAGCAUAUCUCCAGCAGGCGGCAUAAGGACAAAGUGGCAGGCAAACCGACCAAACCCAAAUACAGCCCUUACAACAAGCAGCAGCGCAGCUCCAGCACGCUGGCAGCAAAACUAGCCUUGCAGAGCGACCUGGUAAAGCCCAUUUCACCAGCUUUCCUUCCCACACCGUUCUCACCCACCACAGUCCCCUCCAUCACGCUCCACCCUCGACCCAACACCUCCAUCUUUCAGACGGCCGCGCUUCCGGCCUCCUUUCUCCGCGCCGCUCCAGGCCCCAUCCGACGAACCGCUGGAUCCAUCCUGUUUGCGCCUUACUGAACCUUCGCGCAGCACGGACGUGACCGUAUAUUUAUUGAAAUGUUAUCCUUGACCCUCCUCACCAUCGGAAACCCAGGAUGUUGUCGUUGUGAGGGCUAUUGCGUUUGAAAACGAAAAAAAUGUGUCUAACUGCUUCCUGAAAGACUUGAAUUAUCAUAGUCUUCCUUUUCAACUGAACCAACAGCUCUGGAUAAGGCGUCACCCAAAACAAUCCCAAAUCUCACCGGCUUGAUGUUGUCAGGGAUCCGUGCUACAGUUUUGGACUAUGUGCUGUCUUGUAUGGUGUAGUCAAUAAGCUCAGUCACCGGCUGUCCUUUUAUCUGCCAGGAAAACGAUCCCAUCUCAUCGUGUGUUUGGAUUUCUCUUAUAAGUAGAUUCAGCCUGUUUUCGUUAUUCUCUAUGAAAACAGGAAAACCGUGGGCCUUUCAUCUUUCUGUGAUAUCCUUAUUUGUCAUGAGACUGUACUCGUAUGCAGCUCUCUGAUGAUGCAAUAAUGUACAGAUCAUUAAAUAUUGAUAUUUGUCAAAGUGUAUUUAUUGUUUACCCACCAGGUUGCAAUACUAGUAGUAUUUCAUGAUCUGGAAGAGGUACCAAGAGAAAUAGGUAUGUCAUUUGGUACAUUAUUUUUAGAAAAAAUUUCCAUUUACUGAGAAUAAUCUUUAUUUGACUGUGGACGUAUAAUCGUAUGUAUGAGAGUCUGUACAUAAAGAUACAUCAUUUUCAAUAAAAUAAUAUAUUUAAAUGA